UCGAGCCACUUUAUUUAAGCCCACAGCGAGCUGCCCAGGAACCUGGGAGGAGGGCAAGCUGCCCCAGGACCCCCAAGCUUGAGGUGACACCCGUGAGACACAGCUGCUCCCAGGACUGAGCUCCAGGGGCAGCGGAGGCCGGAGGCCGCACCCUGUGCCAUUGUAAUGGAAACUCUCCACCAUUUGUGAGCCCAGCGGCUCCGGUUCCUGGCCUGCAGGCGGGGCCUGGCUCUGAUCACCCUGCAGCUGAGGGGCCUCAGACCUUCAGAUGGGGAUUUCACACCCAGAGUACGGCACCAGCAGGAGCUCAGGACCAUGUUGAAAUAAAUGAGGACCACGGCACUCACCUUGAGCCCCAACUCCCGGCCAGAGACGCUCCGUCGGGCCAGCAAGGAUGAGGAGGCCACCGCAGACUCGCCAAGGUCCAGAGCUGAGCAGGAAGGCCACAGGACAUGCCCGCCCUCAAUCCUGAGACGCAACCAGCCCGAGGGCUGCAGCCCUGGAGAGGAGCCUCGGAGGAGCCGACGGCGUGUGCGGUUUCAGGAGCCCCUGGAGGCUGCGGUCCACUACAUUGCCCGCAGGAACAGCACCACCACCAUCAGGGUGCGCAGCUGGCCCUCACGUCGAGGCCGAGGCUCCCUGUUCCUGCGGCUUUCCGUGUGUAUCCUGCUGGUGGUGGCCCUGGGUCUGUGCUGCGGCCGCACCAAGCCCAUCGCACUGGCCCUUGAGGACCUCUGGGCCAGGGUCCUGGUCCUCGCCUUGCGCCUAUGGCACACAGCCCUUGAACCCUGGCUGUGGGCAGCCGGGGACCGCCGUGGAGGAGAGAGGCCUACUACGGGACCUGGUGAACCCCCGACUCAGGGGGCCAGUGGAGCUAACUGGGAAAGACGCCCCAUGCCUUGAGAUCAGGGCUGCAGA